AUGUCUCUAUGCUCCGAGAUCCAUGAGCCACAAUACAGAGUCCAACAGAGAGGGGACUCAAAGAUCCCGCCCAUCCGCAAGCGCAUCAUCAUCUGCUGCGACGGAACAUGGCAAUCCGCCGUUUCGGGCAAGAAAAACGUCCCAUCUAAUGUGACACGUCUCUGUCGCGCUCUGAACAAUGUCGGAACCGACGAACACGGGAAUCAAUGGCAGCAAAUAGUCUGGUAUGAUUCCGGAAUUGGCACGACCUCAAGUCCUUUGGGACAAAAGAUCGAAGGCGCUAUUGGCCUAGGCCUGGAAGGGAAUGUCAUCGAAGCGUAUAAUUUCUGUGUCCUGAACUACAAACCCGGCGAUCAGAUUAUGUGUUUUGGUUUCUCGAGGGGUGCAUUCACGGCCCGCGCCAUUGCUGGUUUGAUCUCCGAUAUUGGUAUUUGCAGAAAACAGGAUUUGAAUCGGUUUCCUGAUCUCUGGGAAGUUUAUAAGGAAAAGAAACACGGCGAGCGGUUCUAUUGCAGUGAUCUCUGGUUUGAGUGGAUGGAUGGGAAGGCGGAUGAGAAUCAGGGCGCUCAAGGCGAUACUUUCCUAUUUGAAAAGCGCGGUAAGGGAGAUUGGGCUCAGGAGGGGUCAAGGGAUGUGGAAGUUGUUGGUGUCUAUGACACAGUCGGCGCUAUUGGAAUGCCGAAAGUGCUGGGGAUGAAGCUGCCAUCUUGGUUGUUGUGGUGGGCGGGUAAGGAUGGAUGGGAAAAUGUUGGACUUUCACCUAAUGUCAAACAUGCAUUUCAGGCUUUGGCCCUCGAUGAACACCGCAGCGCGUUUUCGCCCACCCUGUGGUAUCUCCACAAACUUGGAAACGUUACCUCAGAGCAGAUCCAAACCCAGAAGAAAAAGUUCGACGAGGAAGCUCAAAAAUGGGACGAUCUCUUGCAAGACGCAAUCCGCUUGAAGGCUAGCGGCAGGGCUAGCGAUGAGGAUGUCAACAACAUAGCCCGAAAGCUAAACCAAACCGCCAGAGACUGGAACAAGGAGACCCGAACGCUCCUAAAGUUGGAAGACGACUACAAGCACCAGUGCAAACCCCGAACAUUGACACAAGUGUGGUUCCCCGGUUAUCACAUCAACAUCGGCGGAGGCUCGAGUGAGACCCUCAAAGAUGAGGGCAACAUGGAAGAAAUGUCUAAUAUCACCUUCUCCUGGAUGUUGGACCAAAUCAAACCUUAUCUGUCGCUCAACGAAGAUUUUAUCUCCGAGGAAAGAGAAGAGAUGGAAGAUCACAUUUCAACGCUUGUUGAAAAUACAGUCAAUAAUGAAUCCCUGGGAGGCUGGGCGCAACGCAAGGCUGCAGCAAUAGCCUCAGCUUUAACAUUCAAAUAUUUCUCCACGUCUCCAGUCAAGCCUGUGGACAAACGACGCAGCUAUGGCUGGGGAACAGGCCCGCUGGAAGACAGCUUUACGCCAUUUUACUACGCCAACGGGUCGGAGAGGCGAACACCUGGAGGCUACGAUCCUUUCGACAAAAAUGGAAAUUUGCUGGGAGAGACAUUCGAGUUUGUUCAUCCAGUGGUGGGAUUUAGGGAGAAGCAGAUCAAGGACUACACGCCAAUUGGGCCAAAUGUCAAGUUUGCCCGUCGAAAGGCGGUUGACGAGAAGGGACGUCCUGGUUAUGUUUACGACCUGGGAAAUUCACCCAAGCCCUUGCCUGAGUGGCGCUUAGGAGGGCUUGACUCUUAUGAGAGACUCGCCAUCACCGGCAAGGUUGAAUAUGAUUAUGUCAACGAACUAGAUCUAUAUUUGCAGACUGAGAUCAAGACACCCCGUCAGUCUGCUUUGGGAGUUCGAGAUGUUGACGUUGGGAUUGAAGUGGGCAAAGCUGGAGAUAUUGACUCUGGAAUUAAAGUGCCCAAAGCCGAGGGCUUCCAACAGGGAGGCUUUAAAUCGACGGGCCUUGGGACCAAGGAAAUGCAAUGGAAGAUCUCGGAGGUUUCAUACGCCGAGGAGAUAGUGACUCCGAUAUGA